UCUUCGCGAUGUGUGAGACCUUCUGACGACGACGACAACAACGAUUACUUCACGCGGGCGGGGCGGGCGAACGAACGAACGAGCGAGAGCCAACCUUCGCCUUUUCUUCUCUCUUUCUCUCUCUCUCACUCUCUUGCUGCCCGUAUUUUUCUCUUUCGCGCAUACGUGUGCCGCGUACCCCAGCGUAGGGAACGUCUCGUGUGCGCGCGGGGGGCUCGCGGCCGACUUGAGAAAAAGUGCAGACACUACACGGGCGUGGGGAACUUGUCGACAGUGUGUUUCUCCAACCCAAAACGUGAUCGUGCCACGAGCCUCGGAGACGACAGUCUCCCGGGCGUAUACAUGAAGGAGCAAGAUAUACCAGAAUAUUUGGAGGGUUGUGGUCUCGCCACCUGCACGAUCGCCGACAUGCCCGAAGAGACGGAGACAUUGCGCGACGCUAAAGAUCAGCCAACCAACAAGGACAAGAAGCUGAUGGCCACCUCUAUCGGCGGCGGUUGCACGGGCGGUACAGGCGGUGCGGGUAGCGGUGCGGGUAGCGGUGGCAGCGGUGCAGAUACGAAGAAGAUUGUGACGGUGAAGCACCCCGAAUCGAACAAGCCGAAGCCCACGACGAAGAAAGGCAAGCCGAUCCAAGCUGACUUGGAUGUGGCGAAGGCGUUCGUCCGAUGCCGCGAAGAGUGUAUGCGACGGCUGGACCUCAGCAAAGCCAACAUCACGAAUCUGCCGAGCUCUGUGCGCGAACUCACGCACCUGAGGGAAUUCUACCUGUACGGGAACAAACUGGCGAGCCUGCCGCCCGAGAUCGGCUGUCUGACUAAUCUCGAGACGCUGGCGCUGAAUGAGAACUCAUUGACCAGCUUGCCGAACACCUUAGAGAACCUCAAGUCCCUGCGCGUGUUGGACCUCAGGCACAAUAAAAUGAACGAAAUCCCCGACGUCGUGUACAAACUUACCUCACUCACCACCCUUUUCAUGCGCUUCAACCGGGUCCGUUACGUGAGCGACAGCAUUCGAAAUCUGACGAAUCUGACGAUAUUGAGCUUACGCGAGAACAAAAUCAAAGAACUGCCCGCGGGAAUAGGCGACUUGGUGAACCUCUUGACGUUCGACGUGUCCCACAACCACCUGGAACAUUUGCCUGAAGAGAUCGGCAAAUGUAUCCAAUUGUCGACAUUGGACCUGCAGCACAAUGAUCUGCUCGAUAUUCCCGACACGAUCGGCAACCUCGUCUCGCUGACGCGUCUCGGGCUGCGCUACAACGGGCUCUCGAACAUUCCGCAGUCGUUGGCGAACUGCAAGUCGAUGGACGAGUUCAGUGUCGAGGGUAAUCACGUGUCGCAGUUGCCGGACGGUCUGCUGUCCAGCCUGUCGAACUUAACAACGAUCACGCUGUCGCGCAACAGUUUCACCGCGUACCCCGCGGGCGGCCCGUCGCAGUUCACCAAUGUCUACUCCAUCAACAUGGAGCAGAAUCAGAUCGACAAGAUACCGUACGGCAUCUUCUCACGCGCGAAAAAUCUGACCAAGCUCAACAUGAAGGAGAAUCAGCUGACUGCGCUGCCGCUGGACAUCGGCGCGUGGGUCAACAUGGUCGAGCUGAAUUUAGGGACGAAUCAGUUGACGAAAAUACCCGACGACAUACAGUGCCUGCAGAACCUUGAGGUGCUGAUACUGUCGAACAAUCUGCUGAAGCGCAUACCGGCCAGCAUAGCGAAUCUGCGCAAGCUGCGGCUGCUCGAUCUCGAGGAGAACAGGCUCGACUCGCUGCCGAACGAGAUCGGCUUCCUGCGCGAGCUGCAGCAGCUGGUGCUGCAGUCGAACCAGCUGACGACGCUGCCGCGCGCGAUCGGCCACCUCACGAACCUCACCAACUUCAGCGUCGGCGAGAACAACCUCAAUUACCUGCCCGAGGAGAUCGGCACGCUGGAGAAUCUGCAGGCGCUCUACAUCAACGACAACGCGAAUCUACACAACCUGCCGUUCGAGCUGGCGCUCUGCUCCAAGCUGAUCGUCAUGUCGAUCGAGAACUGCCCGUUGUCGCAAAUACCGCCGGAGAUCGUCGCCGGCGGGCCCUCCUUGGUGAUACAGUUCCUCAAGAUGCAGGGCCCGUACCGGUCGAUGUAACGAAGUCGCCGGACGACUCCCCGAGACUCGCCCUUCCUCAGAUCCCGAUGCGGCCCAUGUGUCCCGUGUCACACGGAUGUCGACUCGUGAGGCUCCUGGGCAUUGUGUAACUCUUUUCACGUGAACUCAAUCUUGUCGAUUGUGUCAUUAUUUUUCCCGCUGAAAUCAUGAGAAGUGUAGAAUUUUCGUAGUAAAGGAAAGUACCAAUGCCGGGACGUUCUUAUGGUUUUUCUUUGAAUAUAAAUAUUUGAACUUAUAGGAUAAUCCGAGUUACUUCUCGAAUAAAAACCUACGCAAAACAGCGUGCGUCGGAAUUAUCCUUUGCUUAAUAUUUAAACUCAACAGAAGACAUAUAUGCAAGUAUUGAGUAUAUACAUUUUUUCUAUAUUUUGAAAGUUUAAAUAUUCGUAUUUGAAGACUAAAACAAUAGGAAUGUCCAGGACUGGGUACAUAUCCGGAAAUUGGUAUCUUACUUGGAGGCGAUUAUGAAUCUCUUCCUCCAAUGUAAAUUCGUGAAAUAUGAACAUUUCCAUACGUUUUCAAAGUUAGACUUUUCAUUUUUCGUGAGUUUAUGCGGGAGAAAAGAUUCAUGAUUUGCCCCCUGGAUCGAUCAUGUAACUUCCUCUUAGGAGUCUUCAAAUGAAAAAUGAAAAGUUUCACAUUUACAUUGUUUGAAAAGUUGCAUUGAUCGCGCGCUGAAGUCGUGAAGUUCGCAAUUGAACUUUUCACUUGUCACGAAUUGGCGCUAGGGGAAAAGAUACAUGAUCGAUAUCUUGAUCCCUCGCUGUGACCAUAGGUCUGUUCAUUCUAUGUAAAGCCUGGAGUCAAAUAUUGAAGAACAGACUUCAUCUUAAUUGAUCACGUCAGAAGCAAAGCAAUGCAUGCCCAAAAUUCUUGCAAAGUAGUAUGUCGAAAUAUGAAGGUAUUCUUAAAGAAAUAAAAUGGCAGCUGCAAUCGAUUAAGCACAUCCCCUAAAAUUCAUGUGAUACGUUUCCUUUUUAACCUACAUUUCUCCGUGAUCUUGUCACGUUCAUUUUACGGUUAUUUAUUCAUUGUUAGAAUAAAAGGAAAAUACUCAGACUAUCUUAAAAGUGUGCUUAAUCGAUCGCAAGUGCCAUUUUUUGGAUGUAUCUAUUUAAUUCGACGUAGUGUGUAGAAAUUUUGGGCAUGCAUUUCUGACGUCAUCAAUCAAGAUGGCGGCGAGCAGCCAGGAGCCUUAAUGCCGAGACGGUGACUGAGGGCCGCUCCAGAGUAAUGACGACGCUAGAGGAGGGAGCUUUUGUACGGAUCAAAUCUGUCGACUUAAAUUCUCGCUCUAAUGAUCUCACUCUCUUCGAGAGAACGCGCCAGACGUUACGAGCGCAAGAAAUGUCACGCGCUGUAUGUAAAACGAGCGAAACAUUUCUCGCUUCCUAGGCAAGAGGCAGAAGACGUGCUUCUCUCUGCAGGAAAGACAGAUUAGUAUGUGUAAUAUGUAUAAACAUAUAAAUAUGAAUAAAUAAACAGGUAAAUAAAUAUAUUGAUAUAUCUAUUUGUGAGAUAUAAAUAUAGUUAUAUUUGCGAAAUAUAAAUAUAUUUAUAUUUCUGUUGUGAGAUAUAAAUGAGUAAAUAUAUAAAUAUAUUUAUUUAUAUACAAACACACUUAUACGUGCACAUGAACUUGGUGCUAUAUCGGGUAUUUUUCUCGCGGACAGAGAAGGAGAUUAGAGCUUGUGCAAUUCUCUAAGGUACUUUAAGCAUCUCGGCGCAGUGACAUGUAACUUCAGCGUCGCAAAUUACGGAAGAAGCCGAUAUAGACUAUAUUUAUACAACUGUAUUUGUAUUCUUAGUUCAUGUUGUAUUUAUGUGCUUUGUUUGAGGUAUGACUAUUGCUAAUGGCAUUCGGGCAUGGCAUCUGAAGAAACUGCACGUUGUACACGACAGAAAAGUGAAGUCUGGAUGAUGCGACAUAUUUGGUUUUCAUGAAGCUGAAUAGCAUUUCUGGUUAUCAUAACGAGAUAUUUUCUGAUAUAUAAGCGGAAUAUUUUGAAGUAAUACUGGCCAGAGUUUGAUUAAUGUGUCUGUGUAUGUAUAUGUAUAUAUAUGUAUGUAUGUAUGUAUGUAUAAAUACAUAUAUUAUAUAUAUAUAAAAAUUAUAUAUAUAUAUAUAAACCAUAUGUAAUAUAUAUAUAUAUAUAUAUAUAUAUAUAUAAACAUAUAACAUAUAUAUGUAUAUAAAUUAUAUAUAUAUAAAUGUGUGUGUAUGUGUGUCCAGAAGUCUUGGGCUCAAAUACCAUCAGAAUAUAAAGAUGAGUUUUUCAAAUAUAAUAUUGAAUCAGUUAAAUAACAAAUUUCAAAUAAAAUAAUUAUACAUCAACACUUUAAGAAAAAAAUUGUCAGUUAAAUUUGUAAAAAGAAAGAAUAUGGAUACAAUUUUAUUACGCAUUAUAUACGUAAAUAUAUGUAACCAAAUUCAUUUGGUUGCAUUAACCAAAAUUAUGGGCCGUUCAGAAUCCACCAAACAGUCUGUGACUUAUAUACUUCCAGAUUUCAGAUUAAUUCAACCAAACUUUCUUUUCUGUGUGCAGUAUGUUUUUGCAUGAUGCAGUAAUAGUGAAACGAAUUUUUCUUCUAUUUCAACGUGAAAAUUCUAAAUUGUACAUGAACACGUUAGAUUCAUGAAAAAUUGUCACAUCUUUUUUUCUUUCUUACUGUUGCGUCGAAAUAUUUGAUAUUGGAAAGGAAUAGAUUUUUUGAGACAUUGCUGUGAAUUUAAAAGAACUGCGAAUUGCAAUUCUUUAUGUGCGUGCACGGAAGAAAAUAUUACAGAUAUAACGAUGAGAAAUAUCGUGAGAAAUAUUUUAACGCAUUUCCUGCGAGAAUUAUCUUCGGGUUUAGUGAAACUAAACUCGACGGGUUCCACGGAGUUCAACGUUUCAUCUAUUUGGCGAAGUAAACGCCAACUAAGCAUAGCUUACGAGUUUUUUAAGCUGUACAAUUAAGUUGUAAUUUCUUUUACAAUGGAACAACAAAAUUACGCAGACAUAGAACGUAUCAUUUGCAAAGGAACAUAAAAAACGUCCUGUUUACUCUAUGUGUAUACAUAUAUAAGUACAAAGAAAUGUGCGAGAUAAGAUCUUUAACGUAGUAAUCAAUUAUAAAGAGCAGUAAAAAGAAAAAAACAAAUGUUGAAAAUCGGCAUCGAUGAUAUUGUUCAUUGUAUUAA